AUGGACGCCUCCUCCCUCCGCAUCUCCAAGUUCGAUGGAACUAACUUCCACGCCUGGAAGUUCAAGAUGCAGAUGGUGCUGGAGGAACGGGACCUAUGGGAGGUCGUCAGCGGUGAGAUCAAGGCGGAACAGUGCGAGACUCAGUUGGACCAAGCGACGUACAAGAGGAAGUCAAGAAAGGCGAUGGCAGUGAUCUGUCUAGCCAUGGAAGAUUCCCAGCUACCGUUGGUCCGGUCGGCAAGUGGUGCAUGCGACGCAUGGUCAAGGUUGGAAGACCACUUCGAGAAGAAGAGUCUUGCCAACAAGCUGUUCUUGCGCCGUCGCUUCUUCACGACAAUGAUGGAAGAAGGCGACGAUGUGCUCGAACACAUCAACAAGCUCAAGACGCUGGCGGAACAGCUAGAAGCGGUGGGGGCUCCAGUCUGCGAGGACGAUCUGGUGAUCACACUUCUCGGCAGCCUGAGUGACUCGUAUCAAUUCUUGAUCACAGCUUUGGAGUCGCGCUCAGACACUCUUAGCUGGGAGCUCGUGACGUCUCGACUGCUUCAUGAAGAAAUGAAGCGGAAGGAGCAAGGAAGUAAAGGUGGUGAAGCUUCGCAAGGUCAAGCGUUCAUCACAAGGGACAAUCAGCGCAAAGGGCGACCACGUGCUCAAGACAGCGGCGACCGCUAUCGAUCACAACGUGCAAACGUCGCUCAAGAAGAAGACUCGGGCGACUACCUCUUUUCGAUCGGUGAAACGACAUCUGCGAAAUCGAGCGACAUCUGGCUGGUCGACUCCGGGGCGACGCAGCACAUGACGUGCUCCAAGAAGUUCAUGCGGAACUACAAGGGGUUUGACGCUGUGGAUGUCCAUCUCGCGGAUGAUGGAAUCGUCCAAGCAAUCGGCAGUGGGGACAUUGUCAUGUCGAUGAAGACACCCCAAGGGAUGAAGAAAGGUGUGCUCACAAACGUGUGGCACAUCCCAAAGUUAUCCAGAAACCUGUUCUCGGUCGGCCGCUUCACCAAGGAUGUCGGCCCAGUGACGUUCACGAAGGAUGGGUGCUAUGGAGAGGCGAAAGGGACCAAGUGGAAAAUUGGUGCCCGUGAAGGUAAAGGACUGUUCAAGCUGCAAAUGACUCCAGUGGCGCCGGAACAAGCAAAUGCAGCCAAGUCGUCGGGAUGUCAAGGGGGCACCAAGUCGUACCUCUGGCACCUUCGGCUUGGCCACAUAGGUCACGAUGGACUCAAUUGCAUCGUGACGAAGAACAUUGGAAUUGGCAUCGACAUAUCUUCGGUGAAGAAGUGGGACGUGUGUGAAGGUUGUGCUCUGGGAAAACAGACUCGAGUGCGCUUCCAAUCAAACACUACAGCUCGCACCUCCAAACUCCUCGAAGUGAUUCACAGCGACGUAUGCGGACCGAUGUCGAUGGCAACUUUCAGUGGAAAACGGUACUUCGUGACAUUCAUUGAUGACAAGUCAAGAUACUGUGUCGUCUAUCUGCUCAAGAGCAAAUCUGAAGUUGCGGCGAAGUUCAUGGAAUACGCUGCGAUGGCCGAAACGCAAACCGGAAAGCGCGUGAAGUACCUUCAAAGCGACAAUGGGGGUGAAUACAAGUCCGACAAGCUGGCACGAUUCUGCGCGGAACGGGGAAUACAACAAAGGUUCACACCCCCAUAUACUCCUCAGCUAAACGGAGUAGCUGAGAGAAUGAAUCGCACGCUGGUCGAGUGUGCGCGUUGCAUGAUGGAACACGCUGGACUGGGAAAGAGCUACUGGGGUGAAGCAGUGAUGACGGCGAUGUUUCUUCGAAACCGCUGUCCAACACGUGCCAUUCACCAAGACAAGUCUCCAUAUCAAGUGUGGACGAUGAAGAAACCGAUUCUGGCCAACCUUAAAGUGUUUGGAUGCCACGCGUAUGUUCAAGUGCCUCAAGACAAACGCGCGAAGUUCGACUCCAAGUCAUCACUCUGUCGUUUCCUGGGAUACGUCGAACACCAGAAGUCAUAUCGAUUUGAGGAAGUGUCAACAGGAGCGAUCAAGAUCAGUCGCGAUGCCACAUUCAUGGAAGACAAGUUUGAUGAAGGUCCGCGCAACUACAACGAUGAGUCAAGUGUCGUUGAGUUUGAUGAUCAUGAUGAGGACGAAGAAAAAGAAGAAGGUAAAACUGACGACGACAUGGACUCGAGCGACGAUGACAACGAAGACACCAGGUCUUCGAAGAGCAACAUCAAGAGACACACGCGCACUCAAUCACUUGAGAAAGCUACCGUCAUUCCAAGUCCCAAGCGAAGAACAUACAGAGGUCCGUCGCUUGAGCAUGUUGGGGAAACGCCGACUACAUUCAAGUCGGCGAUGGAAUCAAGCGACUCCGGCAAGUGGAAAGAAGCGUGUGACUCGGAGUUCGAUUCGCUUCAGAGAAACGACACGUGGGAAAUCGUGCCUCUUCCGAAAGGUCGCAAGGCCAUCGGGUGCCGAUGGGUUUUUCGUGUAAAGGAGAAUCAAGAUGGCGAAGUUGAACGUUUCAAGGCAAGACUUGUGGCCAAAGGAUUCUCACAGAAAUUCGGAGUUGACUAUGAAGAAACUUUCGCACCGGUGGCCAAGUUCACAUCGAUUCGUGUGGUGCUCAGUAUGGCGGCUAAGUACGGCCUAAUGCUACAUCAGAUGGACGUCAAGACAGCGUUUCUUAACGGCUCCCUCAACGAAGACAUCUACAUGGACCAGCCGGACGGAUACCUGGAUGCAACACAGCCGGACUAUGUGUGCAAGCUAAAGAGAUCACUCUACGGCUUGAAGCAAUCGCCUCGCAUGUGGAACCAAACAAUCGAUGGGUUCAUGAUCAAGAUGGGAUUCAAGAAGUGCGAAUCGGACCACUGCAUCUACAUCAAGCGAGACGACCAAGACAUGAUUCUCGUGGUGCUCUACGUCGAUGAUCUCAUCCUGGCCAGCAGCAACAACGAACUCCUCAAGUCAACCAAGAUGGCGCUGAGAAAACGCUUCGAAAUGACGGAUCUCGGUGAGCUCGAUUACUUUCUCGGCAUGGAGAUCAAGAACGACCGUAAGACGGGAAUGGUGACUGUACAACAAACCAAGUUUCUCAAGUCCGUGUUAACCAAGUUCGGAAUGGAUAACAGCAAGCACGAAGACACCAUGUGCAACGUGCCAUAUCGAAGUGCUGUCGGAGGCAUCAUGUAUCUCAUGGUCGCCACACGUCCGGAUCUAGCUGCUGCAGUGGGAUCAUUAUCCCAGUUCUCGUCCGACCCAUGCCCGACUCACUGGCAAGCUUUGAAGCGUGUGCUGAGAUACCUGCAAGCAACGCCCAAUCAUGGUCUUGAGUUUACACGUGAAGAAGGAAGCCGUAUCUGCGGGUACACCGACGCAGACUGGGCCGGCGACAUUGAGUCAAGACGAAGUACAAGCGGCUAUGUGUUCAUGAUGAGCGGAGGAUGCAUCAGCUGGAAAAGACAGAAACAACGGACGGUCGCGCUAUCUUCAACAAAAGCAGAAUACAUGGCGCUUUCCGAAGCAACCAAAGAAGCAGUAUGGCUCAAAGUGCUUUUGGGGGAACUUGGUGAGAUGACAAGCGACGAAGCGAUCAAGAUGUAUGAAGACAACCAAGGAUCAAUCGCUCUCGCCAAGAACCCGGAGUUCCAUAAGAGAACAAAACACAUCGACAUACGCUACCAUUUUGUGCGUGAGAAGGUGGAAUCAGGUGAAGUCGUUUUGGAUUAUUGCCCGACUCAAGAUAUGCUGGCAGACAUGAUGACCAAGCCGAUCGCCGCUGUACAAUUUGAAAACAUUCGCGAUCGACUUGGGAUCCAAGGUGCCGCAGCUAACGAGUCGAGAGGGAGUGUUGAAAAGACAGCGGCUGUGAAGAAGACACCUCGUCAAGCUGCGUCAAGUGUUGAAGCAAGUGGAAGACCAAGCGUCGCUAUACCGGUGGGUACCGGUAUGUACCAGUAA